CCAAAGCAGAACAUUUCUCUGCUAAUUAGUCUCUCUAGGUGGACCGCUCUGUUUACUGGUAUUGUCUAUGGAGUUUACAGAUUUAAAUAUUUGGCUCGAAGAGAAAUUGAUAUUCAGAAGCAUGCAUCUGAGAUAUUAGAAAAGCACAGGGAGAAGAUGGCCAUACUUAAGAAACAAAAAGAGAUAGAGGAAAUGAAUGCUCUAGGAAGAGAUGCUAGUGUAGCAGCAAAGUAA